UAAGUUUCAGAGUGUGCGCGGUUGUCUUUUGUUGUCUGAGCAGGAGCCUCACGGACUUGUACGGCGUGCUCCUGGAAAAUAUACAGAUAUUUUAUCCGUCCCACUAUAAUAUCGCUAUUAGUUUCGGAAAAAUGUCGGUGGGCAUCGAGUUGGGCUUUUCUAACGACGAGGUGCUGAACACGCGCUUCCCGUUACACCGCGCGUGCAGGGACGGAGACGUGCGCGCGCUGUGCUCCCUGCUGCAGCGCCCCAGCGACCGAGCACAACUCCAGGCGGAGGACUCCUUCUACGGCUGGACUCCCAUUCACUGGGCGGCACACUUCGGAAAGCUGGAGUGUGUAUUGCGGUUGGUACAGGUGGGCUGUGAGGUGAAUGCUGUGACAACGCGCUUUUCACAGACUCCGGCACAUAUUGCUGCAUUUGGUGGACACCCAGAGUGCCUUGUUUGGCUCCUGCAGGCUGGUGCUGAUAUCAACAGACAGGAUUAUAUGGGUGAAGCCCCUAUCCAUAAAGCUGCAAGGGCAGGUAGCAUGGAGUGUAUCAAUACCCUGUUGUUUUCAGGUGCAAAACCAGAAUUAAGGAACGCAAACGGAUUGACUGCGGCCGACCUGGCCCGUGCACAAGGCUUCCAGGACUGUUCUCAGCUCCUCUCCAAUGCAGAAAAUCAACUCAAGCACCUAAAUGGGUUUGGCCUUAAUGGAACUGACCUCACCCACAUCCAGGGGCGGAGUCUUCUUAAUGGGGUAACCAAUAGGAAGAGGCUCCAUGAUUGCUCAGAGGCUAAUCAUGUCAAGAAAGCAAGAAUCGAUUGCAUAGAUUUUCAUGUGAAGCCUGUCAGUGCGAUGGAGGAGGAUAUUGAAAGUAUGCAUGUAGAAUCUGCCCCAGACAACCAAUCAGAUGGCACCAUAGAAAUAGCCAAAGGCUUAAGCAAUGGCCAUGCACAACAGAAGAGUUUUGACACAAACGGCCAUUGCCACCCACACCAGCUUGAUGCACUUGAGCUGGGCAGCAACAUGUGCGGCUCACUGCACCUCAGCGGCAGCCCCAGCAGCUACAUGUCUCACAGGCCUUUGUGGGCCACGGUCUCAUCAGACUUCAGCGAUCAUCUGCACUAUGGCCACUACCAUGGCUUUGGAGACACUGCUGAAGACCUAGAGGACACUGGAAGUCGCCAUGAGCACAUAACGACUGUGAAGCUUGAGCAGCACUACAACCAAGAGGUGUUAAAUGCCAUGCAGCUGUUUCAUGGAUCAUGAAGGGGUUAUAGUCCAUCUGUUUGUGGGGAAAAAAAAGUGGGCAUAAAGAGCCACCCAGCAGCCUUAAACCUUAGCCAGUUUACCCUAACUUUGCUCUUGCACCUUAUAAAAGGCCACAGUAGAGGAGAUUUUUUUUUUGUUUGCUUUGUGGGGGCCUUUGUACCAAAGGGGUAUUUGUAUCUGAUUUAUUUGAAACUCUUUAUUUUAUUCUAUGUUUGUAUAAUAGAAUAACUGAUGAUUGAUAAAUAGAGCGACAGUGGACUUGUUGUUAACUGUGGUGCAUUCAGCUUUCCUAUGUUUUUACUUUAUCAUUAGAAUAGCCUUGGUAGGGUUUCAUGACUGUUCCGUUUAUAUUAGUAUUUUUUUCCUUACCUAGUUUGGCACUAGCAUUAUAAAAUGUAUGGAACGGUUUGUUUCCUGCUCCUACUUUUCCUGUUAUGGUGAGAUGAAUGAGUUUCAUGUAAAACUGAAUAUCACUGUAAAAGUAUUUGUUUUGAAAAUGACAUUUUUGACAUUCCUUGGAUCUUUUGUGUUGUGAUUACAUGAAAGUAUUUGAGAUUAAAUGUGUUCCUCUUA